AUGCGCCUAUCCACUUAUCUUGUCGGCUUCCUGGCUACUGCUUCGGCUGUGCUUGCUGUUCCCGACUUGUCUGGGCUACCUCGAGAGAUUCAAGAGUGCAUAGUAGGCAACCACAACCUAGACUGGACUUGGAUUGGUUCGUACCACUGGGAGAAUCUUUCAGAUGAGGAAUUCUGCAAAAUCGACAAUGUUUAUCCUAGGACUGAAACAAAGGCAUGGUGGAUUGGGGGAGUCUUCCCUUGCGUUUGCGCGCGCAAUCGCUUCUCGUGGCAAGAGAAUAGGAUAAUAAUGGGAAAGUGGGCGACCUGGAUGGACGAGAAAUGUGGUGGCCAUAAUAUCGGCCAAAAGCAUGGAACUGGCAAGAUGUGUAAGAGACAGCCAUGA